AUGUUUUUGUAGAUGAAGACCUAGACUUUAACUUUGAAUAGCGACCUGAAUGGAAACUUCAUAGUGGAAGGAAUGAGACUGGCUUCUUGCAAAGAUAGAACAUGUACCUGUGGCGCUUCUCUAUCGCCAUCAUUCUUGGGCUUGUAUGGUAUUUAUUUGACUGCGGACAAGUAGCGGCUCAAAUUGUUUUAUGUUUACUAUUUUGGCCAUCAACCCCACAUUUUUUCAUAAAGCCCGGACGGGAAAGUGGCACUCAGACAGACGAUGUGGCUGAAGAAGAAUUAUUCCAGGUAAUUAAAAAAUUCUAUGCAUUUGUUAUGACUGACUAUUCAAUUGCACUAAGGUGUUACUUUUUCGUUGCACGAGAGAUCAUCAUUGCUACAAUGUAUCGCUCAUAAUGAGAUUCAAUGUAACAGGACGUGAGCCGUGCAUGUUACUUUUGUUUUCAAAAUGACAGAAACAAUGUAACCAGUUUAUGAUUCAUGUCAGUGAUGUCAAUGAUCACUCAUUAAUACCACCGAACGUUUUAGUAUUUCAACUGAUUGGCUGUAUGCAAUGUAUUAAAAGUCGUUAGCCCAUGAAACAUUAUGGUUGUAGUGGUUGUGGGGUCAAAUGAAACGUAUCAAAUUAUGAUGAAAAGUUAUUGACAUGGACCUCCUCAUGUCCUAUAUAUAGCUGGUGGCAAAUUGCCCAUAUUAUUUCAAGUGGAGGGGAAAAUAAGGUGAUACUUGAAUAUACAUGGGUGAUGAAAGGAGGGCUAUGACAACACCUGCAAAAUAAUGGCGUCCCCCUAGCCCAAUAAUCAUUGUACCAUCUAAAUCGCUGUGAAAGAUAUUUUCAAUAACACCACCUGUUUGAAGCUGGUGGGAGGUUUUCGUCCACCAGCUUCAAACAGCUGUAAAAACUAUAUUGCAAUUAGAUGGUACAAUGAUUCCCUACACCAGGGCUGUCCAACCCUGUUCCUGGAGAGCUACCCUCCUAUAGGUUUUCACUCCAACCCCAGUUUUAACCAACCUGAUUCAGCUUUUGAACCAGCUAAUUUUUUGAAUCAGGUGUGCUAGGUGAGGGUUGGAGUGAAAACCUACAGGAUGGUAGCUUUCGAGGAACAGGGUUGGAGAGCCCUGCCCUACACUAUGAGUGAACAGUGUAGAAUUUUUGCAACCAGGAAAUGACAGCUAUUUUCACUAGAUAACACAGCCACAAAGUCAGAACAUUUUGACAACAGAUGCCGCUCCAGAGAAUAUUGAUAAAAGUCACCUUAUCCGAGAGCGAUUUACAUGGUUAUCAAAAUGUCACACACGAAACACAGACCUUAUUUUAAGUGUUUGUAAAAUCUCCUAUGGGAAAAAUGAAUGGUAGAAAAACGAUUGGAACCAUUUCCCUGUUUGACCACUAGGUUUUAUGGGUAUUAUGACACCACCACUGUGGGGCUUUAUUAGCGCCCAAUAUAUUAUGGACAUUGUCUGAAAUUACAAUGCAAAAAUAAAAAUAUAUCUUAUGUGUAGCACCUUUAAACUACACUAAGUGAAGUGGAUUGACACCUGGUAACAAAAUUGCAGAAACUGAAUUUCAUCAUGGGUCCCUGAAAUGUACUACACAGAAAUGCAUAAUUAUGGAUGUGAAAGUCAUUCUCUUCAUGAUGAUGUAUCCUAAAUAGGUACACAAAGGUAGAAUAUGCAAUAUCCUUCUUUGCGUAUUUGGGUAUUAUUCUACAGACUGGCUAUUAUUUUAAAGAUGCACUAUGCAGAAAUCUCUCCGCCAUUGCCUGGUUGCUAAAAUUCUAAUAGUUCGCUUAAUUUCAGUUUAUGUGACAAAACAAGCAAGUAUAGUGUAAAGAAUCAUUGUACAGUCUGAACUGCUGUGAAAUAUAUUUUCCAUAACCAAAAAUAUAGUAUUUUCAGCUGUUUGAAGCUGGUGUAGAAAAACGAAAGUAAAAGACUCAAAAACAGAACUUAAGAACGGGAAGCAUAGAAACAGUGCACAGAUGUACCGCAUCUUAAACUUGCUUUCAAUGAGAAUGACAGAUCUAUAACAAACACUUCAAUGUGAAUUUGGUAAGGUUGCCCAAAAAGUUACAUAUUGCAGCUUUAAUGAGCUCCGCCACCAAACAAGAACACAUGUUGUUGGUCUGGACUGGGCCAAAUCUGAACCUAUCAUAAACGUCUAUGUUUCAUAAAUUUGGACAUCAAAGUACAUCACAGUAAAGCUCAGUAGGGUACAGUAUUGUACAGUAAAGUAGAGUAUAGUACAUUGUAGUGUACUCCACUCUAGUGUGCUCUACCAUACACUGUACUAUACUGCCCAAACUUGGGAAACAUAGAUGUCUAUGAUUGGUUCAGAUUUACCGGACCAAAUCUGAACCAAUCAUGGACGUCUAUGUUUGAGCCAAAUGAAUGCUGGUCCAGACGUCUGUGGAUAUUGAAAUCAAGGCCAAGGCAGACUGACCAAAUUUCAACUACUUGUCAACGUCCAUGGACGUCCGGUGUUGACUACUACGAUUUCCCAUUGUAGCCAAUUCAAUUGCAGAAAUACCAUUACAGAUUUUUGGGAAAUUCUGUUACCGAUUUUGUAACAGAAUUUGGAGUUUUAAUCAUUUAAUAAAUCAUAAACAAAGUUGAUAUUAGUAAAAACACUAUAACUAAUUGAUAGGUCUACCUUAUUACUUCUGUGAACUUUCAUUAUCCUCCCUCAUGACGGAGAGAAAUUAGAAAAUAUCUUAAAGAUAUGUGGGUGUUUGGUAACGGAAUUUCAAGGCACAAGGCAAUGUCUACUAAAUCUACUAAACUAAAUAGGUGUUUAUUUUAAUUGGCAGGGGUCUUUACUUAAACAUUAUAGUGUUUUGAUCACAGGAGGUUGGUGGCACCUUAAUUGGGGAGAACGGGCUCGUGGUAAUGACUGGAGAGGAAUAGGUGGGAUGGUAUCAAAUACAUCAAACACAUGGUUUCCAUGUGUUUGAUGCCAUUCCAUUUGCUCCGUUCCGGCCAUUAUUAUGAGCCGUUCUCCCCUCAGCAGCCUCCACUGGUUUUUAUGUAUUUCUAAUACCUUUAAAGUUUUUUUCUGGUCAAUGUUUUCAAGUUUGACAAGAAGUCAAAGCCUUUGGUUAUUCCUAAUUUUUAGGAUGGAAAAUUGUUGGAACAUUUAUACAGUGAGGGAUAAAAGUAUUUGAUCCCCUGCUGAUUUUGUAUGUUUGCCCACUGACAAAGAAAUUAUCAGUCUAUAAUUUUAAUGGUAGGUUUAUUUGAACAGUGAGAGACAGAAUAACAACAAAAAAAUCCAGAAAAACGCAUGUCAAAAAUGUUAUAAAUUGAUUUGCAUUUUAAUGAGGGAAAUAAGUAUUUGACCCCCUCUCAAUCAGAAAGAUUUCUGGCUCCCAGGUGUCUUUUAUACAGGUAACGAGCUGAGAUUAGGAGCACACUCUUAAAGGGAGUGCUCCUAAUCUCAGUUUGUUACCUGUAUAAAAUACACCUGUCCACAGAAGCAAUCAAUCAAUCAGAUUCCAAACUCUCCACCAUGGCCAAGACCAAAGAGCUCUCCAAGGAUGUCAGGGACAAGAUUGUAGACCUACACAAGGCUGGAAUGGGCUACAAGACCAUCGCCAAGCAGCUUGAUGAGAAGGUGACAACAGUUGGUGCGAUUAUUUGCAAAUGGAAGAAACACAAAAUAACUGUUAAUCUCCCUCGGCCUGGGGCUCCAUGCAAGAUCUCACCUCGUGGAGUUGCAAUGAUCAUGAGAACAGUGAGGAAUCAGCCCAGAACUACACGGGAGGAUCUUGUCAAUGAUCUCAAGGCAGCUGGGACCAUAGUCACCAAGAAAACAAUUGGUAACACACUACACCGUGAAGGACUGAAAUCCUGCAGUGCCCGCAACGUCUUCCUGCUCAAGAAAGCACAUAUACAUGCCCGUCUGAAGUUUGCCAAUGAACAUCUGAAUGAUUCAGAGGAGAACUGGGUGAAAGUGUUGUGGUCAGAUGAGACCAAAAUGGAGCUCUUUGGCAUCAACUCAACUCGCCGUGUUUGGAGGAGGAGGAAUGCUGCCUAUGACCCCAAGAACACCAUCCCCACCGUCAAACAUGGAGAUGGAAACAUUAUGCUUUGGGGGUGUUUUUCUGCUAAGGGGACAGGACAACUUCACCGCAUCAAAGGGACGAUGGACGGGGCCAUGUACCGUCAAAUCUUGGGUGAGAACCUCCUUCCCUCAGCCAGGGCAUUGAAAAUGGGUCGUGGAUGGGUAUUCCAGCAUGACAAUGACCCAAAACACACGGCCAAGGCAACAAAGGAGUGGCUCAAGAAGAAGCACAUUAAGGUCCUGGAGUGGCCUAGCCAGUCUCCAGACCUUAAUCCCAUAGAAAAUCUGUGGAGGGAGCUGAAGGUUCGAGUUGCCAAACGUCAGCCUCGAAACCUUAAUGACUUGGAGAAAAUCUGCAAAGAGGAGUGGGACAAAAUCCCUCCUGAGAUGUGUGCAAACCUGGUGGCCAACUACAAGAAACGUCUGACCUCUGUGAUUGCCAACAAGGGUUUUGCCACCAAGUACUAAGUCAUGUUUUGCAGAGGGGGUCAAAUACUUAUUUCCCUCAUAAAAAUGCAAAUCAAUUUAUAACAUUUUUGACAUGCGUUUUUCUGGAUUUUUUUGUUGUUAUUCUGUCUCUCACUGUUCAAAUAAACCUACCAUUAAAAUUAUAGACUGAUCAUGUCUUUGUCAGUCGGCAAACGUACAAAAUCAGCAGGGGAUCAAAUACUUUUUUCCCUCACUGUAUAUGCCUUAAUUUCUCAAAAAUAUAGACUCUUAGCAUUAAUUUGACACCCAACUUCACAUGUUAGUGCUCAUGGGUCCUUUUACAUUGAAAAUGAAUUUAUGCCAUCUUUCUACUUAAUCUACAUGGUAAGGAAUGAAUGAUGUCAAAACACUAUAAUCACCUCUUUACUGUGCCCUGUACCCUACUGUGCUCUACUGUACUGUACUCUUUACUGUACUGAACUCUACUGUACUCUACUGUACUGUACUCUACUGUACUGAACUCUACUGUGCUCUACUGUACUGUACUCUUUACUGUAUUGAACUCUACUGUACUCUACUGUACUGUACUCUUUACUGUACUGAACUCUACUGUGCUCUACUGUACUGUACUCUUUACUGUAUUGAACUCUACUGUACUCUACUGUACUGUACUCUUUACUGUACUGAUCUCUACUGUGCUCUACUGUUCUGUACUCUUUACUGUACUGAACUCUACUGUGCUCUACUGUACUGUACUCUUUACUGAACUCUACUGUGCUCUACUGUACUGUACUCUUUACUGUACUGAACUCUACUGUGCUCUACUGUUCUGUACUCUUUACUGUACUGAACUCUACUGUGCUCUACUGUACUGUACUCUUUACUGUAUUGAACUCUACUGUGCUCUACUGUUCUGUACUCUUUACUGUACUGAACUCUACUGUGCUCUACUGUACUGUACUCUUUACUGUACUGAACUCUACUGUGCUCUACUGUACUGUACUCUUUACUGUACUGAACUCUACUGUGCUCUACUGUAACGUACCUGAAUUGUCUUACAGGAAACCACCGAACAUUUCGGUUGUGAUGUAACUGAUACAACAAGCACUAAAGCUGAAACAUCACAGGAGACACAGUUUCCCAGUGUGAAGAGGUCUCUUCAGCAAGGUGUGCAAUUUUGCUCUGCAGGAUCUGAGAUCCUGACAGAAUUUUCCAUUAUAACUUAUAAUUUUUUGUAAAUCAUUCUGUGAGACUUUCUGCCAGAGUAAGAGAUUUGUAAAGUGGCGUCUAUUGUUAAGAUCAAGGAUGAAUAACGAAAACAUUUUGUACCAACAUUCUGCCCUUUGCCUUAGUGUACUUGGUCAGCCAAAUGUAGUUAUUCUGUAUUCUGUGACACAGUUGAAUAGGAUAGCAAAUGCAGCUGCAGACAUCUCAUGUUACAUGAUCUGGGGCUUGGGUGACAGAUGUUGGGGCAAUAGACACAAAAAUAACAGUCUUUCAAUGUGCUAUGUUGUGGAUUAUGGUAAGUGGGUGUUGUUUUACCACGCUGUGCUUGGAAAUGGAACCAGUUGGUUUGCAUAUUUUGUAUAAGGCAUGUUCAGACCGGUUUGGACUGUUUUCUGUCAGGAAGUGUUUUUGAUAAUCCUGCUAAAAUGAAUUUCACAGCUCACUUCAACCUGCACUUUUGACAACAACAAAAAAAACGUAGCCUUUCACUUAGAAUACUCAGGGCUCUUGUACAGUGGAUUCGGAAAGUAUUCAGACCCAUUCACUUUUUCUACAUUUUGUUACGUUACAGCCUUAUUCUAAAUUGGAUUCAAUUGUUUUUUCCCCUCAUCAAUCUACACACAAUACCCCAUAAUGACAAAGCAAAACCAGGUUUUAGACAUUUUUGCAAAUGUAUUAAAAAUAAAAAACAGAAAUAUUACAUUUACAUAUGUAUUCAGAAACUUUACUCAGUACUUUGUUGAAGCACCUUUGGCAGCGAUAACAGCCCUGAGUCUUCUUGGGUAUGAUGCUACAAGCUUGCUGCCACCACCAUGCUUCACCGUAGGGAUGAUAUUGGCCAGGUGAUGAGCGGUGCCUGGUUUCCUCCAGACGUGACGCUUGCCAUUCAGGCCAAAGAGUUCAAUCUUGGUUUCAUCAGACCAGAGAAUCUUGUUUCUCAUGGUCUGAUAAUCCUUUAGGUACCUUUUGGCAAACUCCAAGCGGGCUGUCAUGUGCCUUUCACUGAGGAGUGGCUUCCGUCUGGCCACUCUACCAUAAAGGCCUGAUUGGUGGAGUGCUGCAGAGAUGGUUGUCCUUCUGGAAGGUUCUCCCAUCUCCACAGAGGAACUCUGGAGCUCUGUCAGAGUGACCAUCGGGUUGUUGAUCACCUCCCUGACCAAGGACCUUCUCCCCCGAUUGCUCAGUUUGGCCGGGCUGCCAGCUCUAGGAAGAGUCUUGGUGGUUCCAAAAUUAUUCUAUUUAAUAAUGAUGGAGGCCAUUGUGUUCUUGGGGACCGUCAAUGCUGCAGACAUUUUUUGGUACCCUUCCCCAGAUCUGUGCCUCGACACAAUCCUGUCUCGGAGCUCUACGGACAAUUCCUUCGACCUCAUGCCUUGGUUUUUGCUCUGACAUGCACUGUCAACUGUGGGACCUUAUAUAGACAGGUGUGUGCCGUUCGAAAUCAUGUCCAAUCAAUUGAAUUUACCACAGGUGGACUCCAAUUUGUAGAAACAUCUCAAGGAUGAUCAAUGGAUACAGGAUGCACCUGUGCUCAAUUUCGAGUCUCAUAGCAAAGGCUCUGAAUACUUAUGCAAAUAAGGUAUUUCUGUUUUCUAUUUGUAAUACAUUUGCAAAAAUGUCUAAAAACCUGUUUAGGCUUCAUCAUUAUGGGGUAUUGUGUGUAGAUUGAGGGAAUUAUUUAUUAUUUAAUCCAUUUUAAAAUAAGGCUGUAAUGUAACAAAAUGUUGAAAAAGUAUUGGGGUUCGAAUACCUACCAAAUGUAAAUGUAAAUGUACCUAUUUUUCUUUGUCCUCGUCAGCUAUUUUGCCUUUGUGUUGAUUUUGAGUGUUCGUUUCCCCCAGUGUUUGAGUGUGCCUACGACCAGCUAGUCCUCCCCUGGUACUGCGUCCCUAAGCCCCGUGACAGUCAGCUCCUGCACCAGGUACUGUCGAGGGAGUUUGACAAAGUCAUCGAUCUAGUCAUCAGCAGAGGCAAAGACUUUGAUGUCUGUGCUGCAAGUGUGGGCUGCAUUCGCAUCCUGACCCAGCACCUCCAUAAUGCCAAACAGUCUGAUAGGUAAUACAGCUCUCCUGAAGUCACUAGUAGAAUAUCAAUAGAAGCAAUUGCUUUUGUCAUCACCCAUAUUGAGUUGCCGUUCUACAGCUAUAUUGCUUGCCUAUACUGUUGAAGUGGUUUAUGUAUAUUUUAUUGUUUUGGAUAAAUCAUUAACAUCCUCAGUUCUGAAUUUCAAACUUUUAUUGGGUGUAAUGUUGUUUUUUUUAUAUGGAUUUCAUGUGACCUAGGGUACUAUGCAAGUUGUCACAUGAUGGAAGAAUGGCCUGUAUUAAGUAUUGAGGUGAUAGAAUUUCACCAAUCUAGAUAUUAUUGCUCUCUUUGUCAUUAUUCCAAAUAGACAAUUUUUAUUCAUUUUGUCUCUGUCUGUUUUGCUCUCUCUCUUUCUCAGAAAACCAUUGUUCUGCUCUAGAGGAGAGGAGGUUGAAGUUCUCAGAGUGUUCUCUGAAGCACUGGUGCGAAACCUUUUUCCUCAGUCCCUAUGGGGACUGGCAGUCAGCCACUGUGCCUUAAAUGAGAUAGUUGCCUUAAAAGGUAAGCCCCACAAUAUAGGCCUAUCAGUGCCUCAUGUAUUCUCUCAGCACAUUGCUGAACUUUUGAAAAUGAGAACAAAUUAGCACGAAACCAUUAUAAUUCUUAUAAUUCUAUCAAGAUGAGUAAAGGAUAGAGAUUGGAAAUACUGCACGUGCUGUAACUAAAAUAAGGUCUCUCCUUAGAGGAACGCUAACACAGUGUGUUAUUGAAACCUGCAGAUAAAGUAGAACAACACAUUUCACUGCACCUAUCCGGUCAGUGUCUUUCAGUGGCUCUGAUCACAGGAGCCAGUGAAACGGGUUGAACGAUUACAUUUAUGGCUUAGUAAUGGUAAGGGAUUUUACUGUUGUAGAUAAAACAUUCACUUCUGUUUUCUGCACCUGUAACCUUUAUUGAGUCUCAAUAAUGUUCAGUGAAACUUGACCGUUAACACCAUCUUUUUUUGCCUGGGAGACGUGGAUAAUGGUGGAUACUGGAAGUGGCCAUUAGUAUAAAAGCGAAACAAGUGGAAAGGGUCUCUGUAAUGGUCUGUUAUUCUGAGACAAAGUGUGUCAGCUUUUUACCUAUGUAUACUGAACAAAAAUAUAAACGCAACAUGCAACAAUUUCAAAGAUUUUACUGUGUUACGGUUCAUAUAGGGAAAUCAGUCAAUUGAAAUAAAUAAAUUAGGCCCUAUUCUAUGUAUUCCACAUGACUGUGAAUACAGAUAUGCAUCUGUUGGUCACAGAUACCUUGAACAAUAUGUAGGGUAGUGGAUCAGAAACCCCCAUUUGCCUCAUGCGGUGUGACACAUACCCUUCACAUAGUUGAUCAGGCUGUUGAUUGUGGCCUGUGGAAGGUUGUUCUACUUUUCAAUGGCUGUGCAAAGUUGCUUGAUAUUGGCGGGAACUGGAACACGCUGUCGUACACGUCGAUCCAGAGCAACCCAAACAUUCUCAAUGGGUGACAUGUCUGGUGAGUAUGCAGGCUAUGAAAGAACUGGGACAUUUUCAACUUCCAGGAAUUGUGUACAGAUCCUUGCGACAUGGGGCUGUGCAUUAUCAUGCUGAAACAUGAGGUAAUCGCGGCGGAUGAAUGGCACGACAAUGGGCCUCAGGAUCUUGUCACAACAUCUCUGUGCAUUUAAAUUGCCAUCGAUAAAAUGCAAUUGUGUUCAUUGUCCGUAGCUUAUGCCUGCCAUACAGUGAGGGAAAAAAGUAUUUGAUCCCCUGCUGAUUUUGUAAGUUUGCCCACUGACAAAGAAAUGAUCAGUCUAUAAUUUUAAUGGUAGGUUUAUUUGAACAGUGAGAGACAGAAUAACAACAAAAAAAUCCAGAAAAACGCAUGUCAAAAAUGUUAUAAAUUGAUUGGCAUUUUAAUGAGGGAAAUAAAUAUUUGACCCCCUCUCAAUCAGAAAGAUUUCUGGCUCCCAGGUGUCUUUUAUACAGGUAACAAGCUGAGAUUAGGAGCACACUCUUAAAGGGAGUGCUCCUAAUCUCAUCUUGUUACCUGUAUAAAAGACACCUGUCCACAGAAGCAAUCAAUCAAUCAGAUUCCAAACUCUCCACCAUGGCCAAGACCAAAGAGCUCUCCAAGGAUGUCAGGGACAAGAUUGUAGACCUACACAAGGCUGGAAUGGGCUACAAGACCAUCGCCAAGCAGCUUGGUGAGAAGGUGACAACAGUUGGUGCGAUUAUUCGCAAAUGGAAGAAUCACAAAAUAACUGUCAAUCUCCCUCGGCCUGGGGCUCCAUACAAGAUCUCACCUCGUGGAGUUGCAAUGAUCAUGAGAACGGUGAGGAAUCAGCCCAGAACUACAAGGGAGGAUCUUGUCAAUGAUCUCAAGGCAGCUGGGACCAUAGUCACCAAGAAAACAAUUGGUAACACACUACGCCGUGAAGGACUGAAAUCCUGCAGCGCCCACAAGGUCCCCCUGCUUAAGAAAGCACAUAUACAGGCCCGUCUGAAGUUUGCCAAUAAACAUCUGAAUGAUUCAGAGGAGAACUGGGUGAAUGUGUUGUGGUCAGAUGAGACCAAAAUUGAGCUCUUUGGCAUCAACUCAACUCGCUGUGUUUUGAGGAGGAGGAAUGAUGCCUAUGACCCCAAGAACACCAUCCCCACCGUCAAACAUGGAGGUGGAAACAUUAUGCUUUGGGGGUGUUUUUCUGCUAAGGGGACAGGACAGCUUCACCGCAUCAAAGGGACGAUGGACGGGGCCAUGAACCGUCAAAUCUUGGGUGAGAACCUUCCCUUAGCCAGGGCAUUGCAAAUGGGUCGUGGAUGGGUAUUCCAGCAUGACAAUGACCCAAAACACACGGCCAAGGCAACAAAGGAGUGGCUCAAGAAGAAGCACAUUAAAGUCCUGGAGUGGCCUAGCCAGUCUCCAGACCUUAAUCCCAUAGAAAAUCUGUGGAGGGAGCUGAAGGUUCGAGUUGCCAAACGUCAGGCUCGAAACCUUAAUGACUUGGAGAAGAUCUGCAAAGAGGAGUGGGACAAAAUCCCUCCUGAGAUGUGUGCAAACCUGGUGGCCAACUACAAGAAACGUCUGACCUCUGUGAUUUCCAAAAAGGGUUUUGCCACCAAGUACUAAGUCAUGUUUUGCAGAGGGGUCAAAUACUUAUUUCCCUCAUUAAAAUGCAAAUCAAUUUAUAACAUUUUGACAUGCGUUUUUCAGGAUUUUUUUUUUGUUAUUCUGUCUCUCACUGUUCAAAUAAACCUACCAUUAAAAUGAUAGACUGAUCAUGUCUUUGUCAGUGGGCAAACAUACAAAAUCAGCAGGGGAUCAAAUACUUUUUUCCCUCACUGUACCAUAACCCCAUGCCAUCAUUGGGCACACUUUUCAGAACAUUGACAUCAGCAAACCGCUCGCCCACACGACACCAUACAGGUGGUCUGUGGUUGUGAGGCCGGUUGGACGUACUGCCAAAUUCUCUACAAUGUUGGAGGUGGCCUAUGGUAGAUAAUUUAAUGUUAAUCUAUCUGGCAACAUCUCUGGUGGACAUUCCUGCAGUCAGUAUGCCAAUUGCAUGUUGCACGCUCCCUCAACUUGAGACAUCUGUGGCAUUGUGUUGUGUGACAAAAUGGAACAUUUUAGAGUGGGCUUUUAUUGACCCCAGCACAAGGUGCACCUGUGUAAUGAUCAUGCUGUUUUAAUCAGCUUCUUGAUAUGCCACACCUGUCAGGUGGAUGGAUUAUCUUGGCAAAGGAGAAAUGCUCACUAACAGAGAUGUAAACAAAUUUGUGCACAAUAUAUUUUAUCUCAGCUCAUGAAACAUAGGGCCGUUUAUAUUUUUUAACAUGGUUUUAUCACCCUACCAUGUGGUUUUACUCUGUAGUCCGUAUCCCAUCACAUUGACUUUGUCAUCCAUACCCUCAGUACUGGACCUGCUGGUGCGGUGGCUCUCAGACCCUGACAACCUCAACCAGCUGGUGGUGAGUCAGCUGGAUGGAGUGACCCCCGAGAGCUCUGUGGAAGAGUUGUGUGAGUUCUGUUCUGACAGGACCUCUCCAGCCACCCUGGAGAGCCAGGCCAAUGGAGCGUGAGUAGACUUUUUCCUACCAGGCUGCCUCUCUUUUCUUUAGUAAACACACUUCAGUGCUGUUAGGGUGCAGAGAACACAGAAAUAAAUUGUGCUUUGGUUUUGUUUGGUGGCCAUUUUAGAACGCAGGAAGAAACAGAGGAUGCUCAAACUAGUGACAGCAAGUGCAAAAAGAAAGGUGAGGGUGUGUAAUUUUGAAACAAUCACUAGGCUAAUGAACUUGAAAAUGUUGAGUUUGUUUGACAAAAACAAAAUUAACUGGACCAAAACGAAGUAAAUUUUCUUUGUGUGCAGUUAAUUCUGUUUGUUCUAUGAUUAUUUUUUUCAUGUUUGUUUUGUUUCCCCUGUGCCUUAAAGUUAUCUCGGUUUGCAGUCAACUUGUGACAUAGAAAAGGCCAUGAAAAAUGUUGACAUUUAGCUAACCGGAUAUGUGUGUUUUUUUCCAGCCAACAAAGUGAAGGAAGGCUGGUCUAAAUUCCUUGACAAGAUGAGAUUGAAGAAAGCUAAAAGGGAGGUUAAGAAAAGGGAGCAGGCGCUGGUUAUCAGGGCCAUGACUAUCCGGGGUCCACCAUCAAACGGAAAUGAAGGGGCUAGCCGGGAGGGCUCCAUCCAUAGCCAGCAGGACUCUGACAUUGUAUGGACACUGCACCAGAAAGAGCAGCUCUGCAGUCAUCAUUGCACUAUUCACUCUGCUCGACUCUUUAAAAAAAAAUAGCAAUACUAUUGAUUUCAGACAGUACAUGUUUUGCCAUCUAUCCAAUAGAAGAUUAUUUCAUAUUAUUAUAGCCUUAUUUCUGAAUGCCCUCUAUCCACCCCAAACAUUGCUCUAUUUAUAGUCUGAAAACGUUAAGUAUCAAACUGAGGAUGAAAUAUAACACGGCUGACAUUUUAUUUUGUCAUUGGUUUGGUUCACCAGGAGGACAGUGAUCUGGAGAGCUACUUGAACAGUGUACAAGAGGAUAUGAUGGAAUUCAAGUUGUCGUAUGAGAUGUGGCGGCUUGGCCACUGGGCUGUCAGCGUCCCUCGUGUGAGUCACUAAUCACACACAAGUCACUGUGGAAUGCUUUGAAUGCAACUACUGUUAGUUGCUGAGCUGUGUGAAAACAUGUCCUUGGUCGUUUUGUUACCUGUUAAUGUUUGAGCCAGUAAGAUGUUACUGUCUGUAGGUGGAGAGGGAAAACGAGGAACUGUGUUUUACAGUUCACCUGGAGGAGAGGGACAACCCUGAGAACCUUCACUGGAAUGUGAGGAAGACCCAAACAGACAUCAUCCACUUCUGCAACCUAUGGCAGGUUAGGGAAGGAUGAAGAGGGAGAUUGUAUUGUUGCAAUUGUGUUCCACAAGGUACCAUUUUACUAUGUAACCUCAUGGCCAUUGAAAUUAGGUAAAGCCGCUAUGCUGUUUGGUAUUGAAUUUUGAGAAAUGGGACCAAUGCAUCAAGUUGUACAUAUUCAUAGAAGAAGUGUAACUUCCACAGCCACAGGAAGUAGGGGUGCUGAGGGUGCUGCAGCACCCCCUGAUAAAUCACAAUUUAAAAAAUAAUGUAAUAAAAAUAUGAAUAUGCACUAGGCCUUACUCCUGUAUUACCGCACCUCCCCCAUCGACAAAAAGUUUAGCACCGACACCCCAAAACAUCUUCCCACGGCCAUGGUAACUUCCUUAUUUUGUUGUGUCUCAAGAUGACAAAACCACAGCACUGUUGUCAAAACAGACUGCUGCAGAAGUUUUGAAUGGAGCAGAUACUGUACUGUUUAAUUGAUCUCUGACAUCUUAUGGAUGUCGCACAAUUAGAUACGACCAAUGCUAAUAGUCUGAGUGUAUAGUCUCUUUUGACACUAGUCUCUCUUUUGCGUCCUCAAUAUGGGUCCAGAUUUACAUUUGAGUCAUUUAGCAGACACUCUUAUCCACAUAUCAUACACUUAUGUCACAUCAUCAUUCUUAAAUAUAUUUUAUUAUCAUUUUUCCCUUGUUUGGAUUGUUUUUUUAGGACUCUAAUUUACCCUCCCUAUCCGUGUUAGAGGAGAGCACUGAGAUUAACAUCGAUAAGGAUUUUAAAGAAGCCAGAACAUCCCUCAAGCUCUUCUUACAGGUACACUGGCACACUUCAUGCACAAGCAGAAAUGCACACAGAUAGGUGAUUCGAUAUGAUAUAAAUAAAUGUCCUCUCCAGGAGCUGGUGUCGGAUGCUCUGAUGGGCCACACUCAGCCAGUGUUUCAGUUCCUGUGUCCUCUGGACAAGCUGCUGAGUGAAGAGGAGCAUGUGGGGGAAGUGUGGGGCCUCUUCAGUGGCCUGGCCUACUUCCUGACUCCGGGCCAAGAGGAAGAUGAGGUAGGCAUUUUAAUAACCUCCCGAGUGGCGCAGUGGACUAAGGCACUGCAUCGCAGUGCUAGCUGUGCCACUAGAGAUCCUGGUUCGCGUCGUCCAGCGUCGUCCAGGGUAGGGGAGGGAAUGGCCGGCAGGGGUGUAGCUCAGUUGGUAGAGCAUGGCGUUUGCAACGCCAGGGUUGUGGGUUCGAUUCCCCCAGUAUGAAAAAAGUAAAAAUUAUGUAUGCACUCACUAACUGUAAGUCGCUCUGGAUAAGAGCGUCUGCUAAAUGACUAAAAUGUAAAUGUAAAUGUUGAGCAAGGCCUGUAUUGUGUCAGUGUCACCACAAAUGGCAAAUGAUGCCCUCUGCUGGUGGAUUAAGAAACCAAGGCAGUUGUGAAUCUCCAGCAGUCAGUCAGUAUUUUUGCACCAGGUAUUUCCAUGACUUUCAAAGACAUUUGGAAGUAAGUAUUUUGACUUUUUUUAUUUUAUUUGAAAAACAAAAUACCGGGCCUCCCGAGUGACGCAGCGUUCUAAGGCACUGCAUCGCAGUGCUAGAGGCGUCACUACAGACCCGGGUUCGAUCCCAGGCUCUGUCGCAGCCGGCCGUGACCGGGAGACCAAUGAGGUGGCGCACAAUUGGCCCAGCAUCGUCCGGGUUAGGGGAAGGUUUGGCCGGCCAGGAUGUCCUUGUCCCAUCGCGCUCUAGCGACUCCUUGUGGCGGGCCGGGUGCAUGCAAGCUGACUUCGGUCGCCAGCUGUACGGUGUUUCCUCAGACACAUUGGUGCAGCUGGCUUCCGGGUUAAGCGAGCAGUGUGUCAAGAAGCAGUGUGUUUCGGAGGAUGCAUGGCUCUCGACCUUCGCCUCUCCCGAGUCCGUACGGGAGUUGCAGCGAUGGGACAAGACUAACUACUAAUUGGGGAGAAAAAGGGGUAAAAAGUUGAAAAAUACAAGAAAAACUAAAUACCCUGUGUAUUUUCAAAUACUAAAUAAACACUCUUUAUGCAUUUGAACCCAGGUCUGUUUGGUAUUUUAAAUAAUGUAUUUUAAAUAUUUUCUAAUAGUAGGCUUUUUAUGGGAAAUUAUUAGAAAAUACCUUGAACAGAAGUAGUAGCUAGUUGAUUUGGGCCACAUUAUUUAAACAUACUCAAAUAGACCAAAAACAGUCAUUUAAAUAAUAAAUAAUCAAAUAUACAUGUAUGUGAACCCAGGUCUGCAAUGCACAUUGCAUUUUUCAGGACAAGCAUAACAGCCUUGGAAGAGGGACCAAACCAGAUGAUUCCACCCCAACGGAGGCUGCAGACCCAACUGCAAUUGAGAACCUGGAUGGCGAUACAAGGGAUAGCCCGGUCCGGGGCCCUUCUAUCAUCAUCUCCCAAUGUGAUGAGGAUUCUCCUUCAGAACCCAGUUCCAUUGAGUGCUGCAGAGAUGACGAGACCGAACCAGUAGAGAAAUCUUACGUUUUGGUUAAUGCAGACAAAACCGAGGACAAAACCAAGGAAUCAGAGAACACCAUCACUUCUCACCUAAAGAUGGUAAUCAAAGGGCUAUCUAGAUCUAUAUCAGAGGAGUGUCUGGCCCAAACGAAAUCAGACACCCCUGAAGACCUGACUGACUCUUUCUGUAGACUGCGACGUUCCAGUCAUAAUGGAGGCUCGCAAUUUGACCUCACUGACAGUCCAUCGCAUCUUCUCGGUGGAAAGUCAAAUAAAAGUGAGAAACUCACUUUCAAAAUGUCAGGAGGGAUCCACAGGAGUAAAGGAAAUGACAUGGGGAGUCAGUCAAAAUUAGAAGACUCACCGUGUUUGAAAAAGGACCAAUCCAGCUGGGAGCAAAUGGAAGCAACCAAAGCCAUUUUUGAUUUGUUGAAAGCAAUAUCUGGUUAGUUCUAACUUCCUAAUUUGUUUGAAAUUGUAUACUGAACAAAAAUAUAAAUGCAACAUGUAAAGUGUUGGUCCCAUGUUUUAUGAGCUGAAAUAAAUGAUCCCAGAAAUGUUCCAUACGCACAAAAGUUCUCAAAUCUUGUGCACAAAUUUGUUUACAUCCCUGUCAGUGACUAUUUCUCCUUUGCCAAGAUAAUCCAUCCAUGUGGCAUAUCAAGGAGCUGAUUAAACAGCAUGAACAUUACACAGGUGCACCUUGUGCUGGGGACAAUAAAAGGCCACUUUAUUAUGUGCAGUUUUGACACACAACACAAUGCCACAGAUGUCUCAAGUUGAGGGAGCAUGCAAUUGGUAUACUGACUGCAGGAAUGUCCACCAGAGCUGUUGCCAGAUAAUUUAAUGUUCAUUUCACUACCAUAAGCCACCUCCAACGUUGUUUUAGAGAAUUUGGCAGACCACGUGUAAUCACGCCAGCCCAGGACCUCCACAUCUGGCAGCUGUUGGAACUGUAGGUUUGCACAACCGAAGAAUUUCUGCACAAACUGUCAGAAACCAUCUCAGGGAAGCUCAUCUGCGUGAUCGUCGUCCUCACCAGGGUCUUGACUUGACUGCAGUUUGUCGUCGUAACCGACAUCAGGGGGCAAAUGUUCACCUUCGAUGGCCACUGGCAAGCUGGAGAAGUGUGCUCUUCACAGAUGAAUCCCAGUUUCAACUGUACCGUGCAAAUGGCAGACAACAUGUAUGACGUCGUGUGGGCGAGCGGUUUGCUGAUGUCAAUGUUGUGAACAGUGCGCCCCAUGGUGGCGGUGGGGUUAUGGUAUGGGCAGGCAUUUGCUACGGACAAUGAACACAAUGAGCAUUUUAUCGAUGACAAUUUGAAUGCACAGAGAUACCGUGACGAGAUCCUGAGGCCCAUUUUCGUGCCAUUCAUCCACCGCCAUCAACUAAUGUUUCAGCAAGAUAAUGCACGGCCCCAUGAUGCAAGGAUCUGUACACAAUUCCCAGUUCUUCCAUGGCCUGCAUACUCACCAGACAUGUCACCCAUUGAGUAUGUUUGGGAUGCUUUGGACCGACGUGUACGUGUUCCAGUUCCCGCUAAUAUCAAGCAACAUCGCACAGCCAUUGAAGAGGAGUGGGACAACAUUCCACAGGCCACAAUCAACAGCCUGAUCAACUCUAUGUGAAGGAGAUGUGUUGUGCUGCAUGAGGCAAAUGGUGGUCACACCAGAUACUGACUGGUUUUUUGAAGGUAUCUGUGACCAACAGAUGCAUAUCUGUAUUCCCAGUCAUGUGAAAUCGAUAGAUUAGGGCCUAAUUAAUUUAUUUCAACUGAUUGAUUUCCUUAUAUGAACUGUAACUCAGUAAAAUGGGCCCCGUGUAGCUCAGUUGGUAGAGCAUGGCGCUUGCAACGCCAGGGUUGUGGCUUCGAUUCCCACGGGGGGCCAGUAUGAAGAACAAAAAAAGAAAAAAAUGCAAUGUAUGCAAAACAAUGUAUGCACACUAACUGUAAGUCGCUCUGGACAAGAGCGUCUGCUAAAUGACUAAAAUGUAAAAUGUAAAUGUAAAAUCUUUUAAAUUGGUGCAUGUUGCGUUUAUAUUUUUGUUCAGUGUAAUUGUAGAUAUUUAUUUUAAUUAAAGAGUCACCUUUGAGGAUGGUUAUGAAUAUUAAUUACAUUUAAUAGUGUGUAAUAAUCAGUGCCCUACUUUGCCCUCCAGGCAAUUCCAUCCUCCUGAACAUAUUUGAUGCGAUUCUGAAACCCGUCAUGCCGAUAUUGAAAAAGUAAGAGCUGUGAAAUAUUAUUUAAUUUUCCACUGCAGUCCUGGUUCGUCAUACUGACAGAAUAAUAGGAUGAUCUACAUUUGUCCUUUUGAGAAUCCCAGCAUGACGUUUUAUAAUAUUCUCUAGGAAAGUGAACAGCUUCUUGAAUAAGAUGAACCCAACGGAAGCCCAGAUUGCCUCCUAUAUCGACAACCUGCGUGAGAAACAGUGGCCCGAGGGCUUGCCGGAGGUGACUUGCCCCAUACCCCAUCGCAGCAGUGAGGAGAAGAAUGAGACCAAAGACAGAGCUCACCACCUCAUCAAUGCCAGAUGUACAUGAUAUACACAGUGUUUUUCUAUCGAAAUGUUUUGAAUUCUGCUUUUCAUGCUUGGACAGAAAUUUGAGAAGUGUGUCACAGUUCACUAACAUCAUGUUCUCAUUUUAGAUUCAAACUAUUUAAUCUUGAAGAAGACAGAUAUGGAGACAGCGUUUAAGCUCUUCCAGGACUAUGAAGAAAACAAGAAGCUGGUAUAUGUGCGUAUCUAG